AUGGGCCGCGGUGGAUAUAACGGUGGUAGUGCAUCUGUCGACGCGCCAAAAAGCGGCAAUCCUUACAUCUUCGCGGCGGACCGAGAGCUAGACGCCAACCUUCUUCGUCGCUCACGUAUCGUUGAGGCUGGAGACGGGUUACACAACGAGCACGGCGCCGUGCAAAGCGAGUUCGGAUACAUUCUCAGCGUGGAACCAACAGUAAAUAGCAAGCAACCCGCGCGAGCCAGCUUUGUGAGAAGAAUUCUCUCCAUUUUCAGAAAGACGGACAGGGCUAGUAGCAAAGUCAAGCCAAACAUCAAGUGGGUGUCAGCGUCGCAUCUUUACCACACAGCUCCUGAGGGCUUGGGCUUGGACCUGGCGAAUAAAUAUCACCUGGAAAACCCGGAAGCACCAACACCUUGGGGUGAUCAAUACUGGAGCACCGAGGAAAGUAGCACCAUAUCAGACAACAUCAUUGGUCUUCCUUCUGUCGUCCAGACUAGUACGGAGAACGGCCUAGACUACGAGAGCGACGAUGAACAGCUCCAUAAGCCAUAUAAGAGACGAAGUUUUACGCUGAGGUAUCCCAUCGUCAUGCCACGAGUAUCUGCAAAGCAAAAUCCCGACCCAAUUAGAUGUCCACCAUGGCUCAAGCCUAACGACAGACUCAGAGACCAAAGCGCCAAUCCACGAUUCAUAGUGGAGAGGAGCCUGGAAACACCGACCAGCUAUGAUCCAUGGGAUACGAGAGGCGAAAUUUCUGAACUAGAAGGUCAGGUCACUUAUUGGUACCGUGAGAUUGCAGAAAAGGGCUGGGAAGGUCUUCUGCUGGUGGAUCCAUGUCUCAAAGACCCAUCGCACCUAGCUGUUAUCGAGGGCAGCCCAUACACGAAUAUCAGUCGAAUAAUCCGGUAUCCAGAGCUGGAGGAUGAGGGAAAAGCUGACAUAGCCCUUAACCCGCUACAGUGGCAUCCCAGUGCCGCCUUCACGAAGUAUGUCUUGCACGACGAUGUCAUGAUUCAUUUUUCCGUCGCCAACGCUGGUCCAGGAGGAAAUCCACUCUCCGUGACUCCAUUCGUCCGUGGCUUUGUUAUUAGCAAAUGGACUGCGCAAUUGAACCACAUUCGCAGAAGCUAUAGUCAUACGCGUGCAGCGCUCUUCUCCAAAGUACCAUCGUGUCAUCGCGUAGGUACAGGCAUUUCGGUCAGACAUACGGUGCUCUGGGGAGCAGACUGGAAAGAGUGGAUGUUUGAAACAAUGACGCGGUUUACGACGGACCUUUACCUAUACCGUUUGGAGGUUGAGACCAACAUGCGUGCACUCGGUAUCGAUGUCGACGACCCUCAAAGUUAUGGAUUCGUCGGUAAACGGGAGGCACAAAUGUGGCGGUUUCUGCGUUCCACCUGUCUCGAUUUGCAGGAUAUGUUCCAACAAUUAACCAACUCAUAUACACAGGUUAUUGCGCUGAGGGAGGCGCAGGCGAGUAAUGCGCAAGCAAGCUCGAUUCGCUGGCUUACUGUACUGGGAACCCUCUUUGUUCCUAUAUCUAUCGUUGCAGGAAUAAUGUCAAUGGGAGGCGAAUUUUUGCCGGGAGAGAAGAAGUUCUGGGUGUUCUUCGCUGUGGUGUGCCCUGUGUUGCUGGUCAUUGGCGUCGUUCUUGUUGUGACGCUCGGGUGGCGGGCAGUGUCAAAUUGGCUAUGUGCUCACGGCUUCAUGACUUGA